AGUCCCACGAGCGGCAUGGCGUCGGCCAUCUCCGCGGGGCCUACGCCGCCGUCCGCGACGGCGUCGUCGGUGGAGUGGCACCAGCGGCCGCCGAACCCCAAGAACCCGGUGGUGUUCUUCGACGUCACCAUCGGGUCCAUCCCGGCCGGCCGCAUCAAGAUGGAGCUCUUCGCCGACAUCGUCCCCAAGACCGCCGAGAACUUCAGGCAGUUGUGCACUGGCGAGCACAGGAAGUCAGGUACGCCACAGGGGUAUAAAGGGUGUCAGUUUCAUCGAGUGAUCAAAGAUUUCAUGCUUCAGGGAGGUGACUUCAUCAAGGGUGAUGGCACUGGAUGCAUGUCAAUCUAUGGUACCAGAUUUGAUGAUGAAAAUUUCAUUGCUAAGCAUACUGGGCCUGGCCUGCUCUCCAUGGCCAACAGUGGACUAAACACUAAUGGAUCCCAGUUCUUUUUGACCUGUGCAAAGUGUGAAUGGCUGGACAACAAGCACGUGGUUUUUGGGAGGGUGCUAGGAGAUGGUCUGCUUGUUCUGCGGAAGAUUGAAAAUGUAGCAACUGGACCUAACAACCGACCCAAGCUUGCUUGCGUUAUCAGCGAAUGUGGUGAGAUGUAGCUUGCUUCUCAAGUACGGCGCCGUGACGAUGAGACUACUGAAACACUGGAAAACAAUAUAGAUAACCAGAGGGAUUGCCGUAUUAGUUCACUUGUUGUAAGCAGGCGAAAUCCAGUCUCGGCAAAACCUGCAAGAUCUAAUCCGUUCUAGGAUGUGGUUUAUGUCCAUCUGGUGAGCAUGCUAUAGAAUAAUGUGGGAAGCAUGAUUUUUAUGUCUGUCUGGUGAGCACACCUGAUCUAUGGUUUGGUGAUGUACCUGCUUUUGAUUUGGCAAAUGUGGAGCAACUGAUGUGGAGUUGUCAUUUAUA